UGGUAAUUGUCUGACAAAUCCAUCAUGUAUUCCCUGGGAUGGAGCAUCUUCUGGGAAAGGGUUCAGAACCCCAAGAUGCCUUGGGGUUCACCUGCUUCCAGAAGCAGCUAGUGGUGGUCUUGGUGUUCUUUCCUGGCCAUGUCUUGAGGUCUUUUGGCUGCGCUCUGUUCUGAUGUAUGGCCUUGACAAUUAUGGAACCGAAGGAUUACCUUCCUCUUUGGGUGGGACAACAGCGAAGGAGGGAGUCUUGUGUGUAGAAGUCUGUGGAAAGAGAGCAACACUGAGCAUGUCUCUGCCAAACCAGUCCAUAGAAGGCCUUCCCCAGGAGGCCUUCAACAGAUCCCUGAAUACUACAGGGGCUUGGGACCCACAGGUUCUGCAGGCUCUCAAAAUCUCCCUUGUAGUGGUUCUUUCCAUCAUCACGCUGGCCACUGUCCUCUCCAAUGCCUUUGUGCUUACCACCAUCUUACUCACCAAGAAGCUCCACACCCCAGCCAAUUAUCUCAUUGGCUCCUUGGCCACCACCGACCUUUUGGUUUCUAUCUUGGUCAUGCCCAUCAGCAUAGCCUAUACUACCACCCGCACCUGGAACUUUGGCCAAGUCCUGUGUGACAUCUGGGUGUCUUCUGACAUCACAUGCUGUACAGCCUCCAUCCUGCAUCUCUGUGUCAUUGCUCUGGACAGGUACUGGGCCAUCACUGACGCCCUGGAGUACAGCAAACGCCGGACAGCAGGCCAUGCAGCAGCCAUGAUCGCGGCAGUCUGGGUCAUCUCCAUCUGUAUCUCCAUCCCACCGCUCUUCUGGCGGCAGGCCACAGCUCAGGAGGAGAUGUCUGACUGCCUGGUGAACACAUCUCAGAUCUCUUACACCAUCUACUCCACUUGUGGGGCCUUCUACAUCCCAUCCAUCUUGCUCAUUAUCCUGUAUGGCCGCAUAUAUGUGGCUGCCCGGAGUCGAAUCCUGAACCCACCCUCACUCUAUGGGAAGCGCUUCACUACAGCACAGCUUAUCACAGGCUCCGCAGGUUCUUCACUCUGCUCACUCAACCCCAGCCUCCACGAGAGCCACUCACACACAGCUGGCUCCCCUCUCUUUUUCAACCAGGUGAAAAUCAAGCUUGCAGAUAGCAUCCUAGAACGCAAGAGGAUCUCUGCAGCUCGAGAAAGGAAAGCCACUAAGACCUUGGGCAUCAUUCUGGGGGCCUUUAUCAUCUGCUGGCUGCCUUUCUUUGUAGUUUCCCUGGUUCUCCCCAUCUGCAGGGACUCCUGUUGGAUCCACCCGGCCCUCUUUGACUUCUUUACUUGGCUAGGUUAUUUAAACUCCCUCAUCAAUCCCAUCAUCUACACUGUGUUCAACGAAGACUUUCGACAAGCAUUUCAAAAAGUUGUCCAUUUCCGGAAGGCCUCCUAGUCAGAUUUGGAGU